AUGGCAGAAUUCGUAGAAGAAAGAAGUGUCAAUCGCACGUGUCUCUCGCUUUUGGUCCAAGAACUUGUCCCCACGGCGAUUCGUACAACCCAGAAUCGGUACUAUUCACAAGAACCCACAGAUGACGAAAUCCAGACCCGCAUCGAAACUCAGCUUUCCACGCCGCUAGAUCUACCCGGAACCACGGCGGUUUUCGGUUCAGAGUACCUUCUGAGUGACGACACAGCGUACCGUGUAGAGAGCUAUGGCUACAAUUUGGGAAUGAGAUUAGCUGAAUACUUGAUGUAUUCACGGGCAGCGGAGGUGAAGUUGGUCGUGAAGCUUGAUGUGAUGAAAUUCGUCUGCCGUGAUUUGUGGAAAAUGUUGUAUGGCAAACAGAUGGACUCUCUCCGAACGAAUCAUAGAGGCAUGUUUGUGCUCAUAGAUAACAACUUCCGGCCAAUAGCCAAUUUGAGCAGUCCCAACAGUCCUGCCGAGCUCAUGUCUGUUGCAAAGGUUUAUUUACAGCUUCCUUGUGGGGUGAUACGGGGAGUUCUCCGAAGCUUAGGUAUCGAAGCCAAUGUAUCUGCUGAGAUCAAGCUGUUUCCUGCCGUUGAAUUUAGUCUAGAAACACCGGAAGACAAGACAGGAGAUAAGACAGCUUGA